GAGGGGUGGUCUUGGUGGUUGUCGUUUAGUAGUUAUUGUAGUAGUAGUAGUAGUAGUAGUAGUUGUUGUUGUUGUUGUUGUUGUUGUUGUUGUUGUUGUUGUUGUUGUAGCGUUGGGCAGUGAGUGGGUGGUUCACACAACACACCGGUGGUCACCAAGCAGUGUUGUGUCUGGGAGGUGUGGUGCUGGUGUGUCCUGACGCAGGGAGGGGGCGUGGUGUGCUGCAGUAGCGGGGCGUGUGUUGCGCGUCCCCGUGGCCGUGGUGGCGGCGGUAGCCUCGCCGUGGGGCGUGCCCGGUGCACUGCAGGCGUGUGGGCAGCGCGGUGGUUGUCAGACUGCUUGGUGAGGGAGGCUUGGGCGCGGCGUAGAAAAUACAGCAGCAGCAGCAGCAGCAGCAGCAGCACGCCCACUCUGCGGCCGCUGCACGCGAACAACCCUUCGCGUGGCCAGCGGUGGGCGCCUCGGCCCCGUUGCGGUCUGGCGGGGCGGGGCGGCGUCAAUAUAGGUGCGGCGGUGCGACGCCCCCUGCCACUCGCCACCCGCGCUGCCUGAAGCCAACACCCUUCCUGCUGCUGCUGCUGCUGCUGCUGCUGCUGCACCCACGCUUCCCGCAGGAACAUGGCCGCUUCUCCUUACGCCGCCCGCCUUCCGCCGUGGGCGUGGGUGGCGGCGAUGCUGAUAGUAGCGGGUGUAGCAGCGGUGGGCGCUGAGGACGUCCCUGAGGGGCGCUCCAGCCUGCCGCUGGCCGUGGGGCGCGCGGGCGCCAGCCUCUACCACUCCACCAUGCACUACCUCAUGGACCAGCUGGCGCCUGCCAGAGACCCCGCCAGGAGCGGCACGUACAACCCUGACGUGGCGUGCAUGGGCGCCGUGUACCGGCGCGGGGGCGGCGGCAGCGUGUGCGUGGACGCGGUGACGGCGGCGGUGGUGGUGGGCGCGGCGCUGGUGCUGCAGUUCGUCUUCUACGUGGUGGUGAGCACGGCGUGCCCGCUGGCAUACUCGCUGAGCAGCACGGCGCAUCGCACGGGCAACAUCACGUACGUCAUCACCGUAGACAACUCCAACACCAUCGGCGUGGACGUGGCGGCGGGCGACCAGAUGCUGGACCAGACGCAGAUGCAGGACCAGAGCCUCACGCAGAGCCAGAGCCAGACCGCCACGGCGCAGCAGACCGCGCCGCAGCGCAUCGUGCUCACGCAGGACCAGGACCAGACGCAGGACCAGACCCAGAUGCAGGGCUUCGGCGGCAGGAGCCUGGACGGCAUCUUGGGACCGCGCGGCGAGGCGCCAGAGCGGCGGCGGCGGUGGUCGCUGCCGCCCCUGUGGGUCACGCCCCUGGACCUGUCCACGCUGGACUGGCCAGACCUCAACCUGGACUGGUCUGGUCUCAGCCUCUCCCUGUGUCCUCUGCUGGGCCGCUACAUCUGGGCGUGAGUCCAUCCAAGGCCUGCCCAGGGGCCACUGCCACCACCACCACCACCACCACCACCACCACUACCACCACCUGCACACCCAGGCGGCAGGGCACCACUGGGGGCACCACAGCUGGACCGCCACACAGCACCCCCUUGUAAAUACCAUGGGCGGCUUUCCACCGUCACUGUAAAUACUGUGAAGGCAACGUUUUGUACUCACCGCCUCGCACACACACACACACACACACACACACACACACACACACACACACACACACACACACACACACACACACACACCUGAUGCAGUUGUAUGUUGCAUGGAGUGAUUUGGUUUUGUUGUAUCAUAAUAUUCGCUGUUUCUGUACAAUACCGCAAACUUUUAUUUAUUUUUCCACCAAAACAUGGAAGCAAAAAAAAAA